AUGAUAGCCUCUCUGGCGGAAACAACGGGCGCACUGAGUUCUUUCAUGGAACCAGCUCAGACUCGAUGCAGCUGUACGACAAUCGCAGAUGCUCCCCCGGCAUCCGACUCUCCAGGCCGAAUACCCCAUCAUUCCCUCGCAAAGUCAAGAAUUCUCGCCUACGCAGAAGGCUCAAGAUCCUUCACGGUCUUCAAAAAGCUGCCCGUAGAGAUUCGGCGAGAUAUUUGGGAACUUGCGCUGCCCGAUCCUCAAGCUCUCUCUCUGGACCUUCAAUUCUGCAAACAGCAUAGUGGCGCCCCGGUCAGGGGAUACGAGGGCCCACCGGCUUUGCUCUCUGCCUGUUCGGAGUCGAGAUUUGUAACGCUAAAACACUACGUCCGGGCAUUAUCAACUUCAGACUGCACAAAUGGAGUGUAUAUACGCCCGUCUGUUGAUGUCAUCGAAAUGAGAAUUAGGAGCGACGGCUGCACGUGUCCAAGUGUCCUUUUUCGUCUACCUCGCGAUAUCGAAAAUGUCUCUGGUGCAUUUGGGCAUCUUGAUAAUAUCGAAAGAAUCAUCAUUAGCGACCCGUAUCAAUACAUAGAGGACUUCUAUAGGGAGGACUGGAGCCUGCUUCUGAAACAUCUUCCAGCUCUCAAACAAAUACGUAUUUCAAUGUACAUUGGGAACGGCUGGGCCCCGUUGUUUGAUACCAUCACGGAAGAGGAUUGGGUGGGAAAAUACCGGAAAUUAUUGGAAAUGGAUAUGGAUGAUUCAGAUGAUUCGGAUGCGGAGUCCGAAAACAGCCCCGCUAGCAAAGCGCCAGCUUUAAGCCAAGCGCCGGCUCUAAGCCAAGCGCCAGCUCUACUCACGAUCUCGGAAAGCGAGAUCAAGUACAUGGGUUGGAGUCCCGAUUCUGAUGAUGGACCAAGUCCCUACUAUCGCAGGGGGGGCAGGACCGAGAGCAAUGAAAGCGGAGACUACGAGUUCUAUUUCUCCUUCAGGGAAUGGCAAGACGGCGUGGAACUCUUCUUGGGUGAGCUUUCAAUGGAGGACGUCGGGGCUUGCCUCAAGGACUUCUGUCGCUUAGCAGACGACGUACAGAUGCAUCAUCUGCACAUCUACCAUCACCUCCUCGUUGAGUGCAAGGAGAUGUAUCUACGCACCGUCUAUGGGAUCGAGGGUCCUCAGCGCUUCGUUUCAUAUGUUGACGAGUGGGAGCCGGCGGAGACACAAUCACUCGGAUAUGAGUCUGACUCAUAG